AAUCAAAAACCAUUAUUGAGCAGUGGUGCCAUUUACAAAACUGUUGAGAAGGCAAAUAAUUUUUCACAGCAACUUUAAUCUUCGUUUUCCUACAUUUCAUCCUUGCUUCCAGCUUUCUUGUCUGUCUUUCAGCUUUUUCUUUCAUCCAACAAGAAGAAAUGGCCAAUCCAAUCCUGCAUGGCGCUGUGCAGUCAAUCAGUCAAUGGUUGGGAUCCUACACUAUCCAACAGAUUGAAUCGAUAUGGUGUGUCAAAGCUGAGUUCAAAAAAAUGAAUCACACCGUUUCCACUAUUCAUGCUGUACUUGAUGAUGCAGAGGAGCAGCAGGUCGAGAACCACCAAGUCAAGGACUGGCUCUUGAAGCUCAGAGAUGCAGUUUUUGAUGCUGAUGACUUGUUGAGCGAGUUCUCCACUCAUGUAUUGCAGAAAAGAGUGAUGGACAGUGGUAAAAUGCCAAAGAAGGUAAGAAUUUUCUUUUCAAGUUCAAACCAACUUGUUUUUCGUUUUAAUAUGGCUCGCAAUAUAAAGGAUAUGAGAGAGAGGCUUGAUGGUAUAGCAAAUGAUAGGAACAAUUUUCAGUUGAAGUUGGUAGAUCGUCCUUUAGAGACAUGGGUUGUGACUAGGGGGAGGGACCAAACUCACUCAUUUGUACGUGAAGAAGAAGUUAUUGGGAGAGAGGAUGAUAAGAAGGCCAUUAUAGAUCUAUUGUUAGAUUUUGAUAUGGAAGAGAAUGUUUCGUUCAUAUCCGUAGUGGGAAUGGGAGGGCUAGGGAAAACCACACUUGUUCAAUAUGUAUACAACGAUGAGGAGGUCACGGCUUAUUUUGAGUUAAAGAUGUGGGUGUGUGUUUCUGAUGUCUUUGACGUAACAGCCAUUGUUGAAAAGAUAAUUGCAUCCGCAACUAAUGAAAGACCUAAAAACCUUGAAAUGGAUCAACUGCAAAAUGAGCUUCGCAAAAAUCUUAACCAAAAGAAGUACUUACUUGUGAUGGAUGAUGUGUGGAAUGAGGACGAAGAAAUAUGGUGUACUUUGAGAACUCUUUUGUUGGAUGGUUCAAAGGGAAGUAAGGUACUAAUAACUACACGGACUGAGUUAGUUGCAGAUAUUACUAGCACAGUCUCACCAUAUUUUUUAAAAGGCCUAUCAGAGAAUCAAUCUUGGUCAUUAUUUAAGCAAAUGACAUGGGGAAAAAAGCAAGAGAUUGUCAAUCCUAACCUAGAAGCAAUUGGAAGGGACAUUGUAGAAAAAUGUUGUGGAGUGCCUCUUGCUAUAAAGACAAUAGGAAGAGUAUUAUACUUCAAAAAAACCGAAGCUGAAUGGUUAUAUAUUAAGAAUAAUGAACUCACAAAUGUAAUUCAGCUAAGAGAUUGUAUUAUACCUGUUUUAAAAUUGAGUUACAAUCAUCUCCCAUCACAUUUAAAGUGUUGUUUUGCAUAUUGUUCAUUAUUUCCCAAAAAUUAUUUGAUUGAUAAGUUUACAUUGAUACAACUAUGGAUAGCACAAGGAUUUAUCCAAUCAUCAGAAGAAAAUCUACAAUUAGAGGAAGUUGCUAAUGAGUAUUUCAUGGAUCUACAUUGGAGGUCUUUCUUCCAAGAAGCAGUAGAAGAUCAAGGAAGGAAUAUGUUCUUUAAAAUGCAUGAUUUAAUCCAUGAUCUUGCACAAUCAAUCUCAAGGAUUGAGUGUACACUGGUUGAUUCUAAUGCAAAAAAUGUCAAUGAAAAAGUUCGUCAUCUAUCAUUUCCAUCUUACCAUUCUUCAUUCUUUGAGGAGAAUUUAACCUUGUUGGUUAAAGCAAACAAGAUACGCACAUUUAUUUUGACGAGUGAUCCUUAUUUGACUAGAUUUGAUCAGGCAAGUUAUAAACAAUCAGUAUUUGAUGAUUUACCUAUUUUGCUACAUUUUGCCAUCAUUGAUGGAAGAAUGGAAGAAUCAACUCUUAAAACACUUAUUUUGACUUUUAAAUACUUGCGUGUAUUCGACCUACAUGGCUUACAAAUGGUAACUGUGCCAAAAUUUGUAGGUAAGAUGAUGCACUUGAGCUACCUUGACCUUUCCUAUAAUGAUAUUGAAUUUCUCCCUAGAUCUAUUACUAGACUGGUAAAUUUGCAAACAUUAAAGCUUAUUCAUUGUAAAGAGCUCAGGGAAUUGCCAAAAGACAUUCAAAAGUUGGUCAGGCUCAAGCACCUUCACAUAAAUGGUUGUAAGAAUUUGACUCAUCUGCCAUGUGGAUUAGGACAAUUGACUUGUCUUCAAACAUUAAGCUUAUUUGUUGUGCGUAAGGACCUUGUAGGCUCCUCCAAGCACUACGGUGAAUUAGAUGAAUUGAACAAGCUAAAUGAAUUGAGAGGAAAAAUAGAGAUUAAAAAUUUGGCAUGGGUGAUAGAUGCCACCUCGAAGAGUAAGGUUGCAAAUUUGAAGGAGAAGCAGCAUCUCAGUGAGUUGGAAUUAGCAUGGAAUCCGAACGAUGAUGUUGGCAUAGAAGCUGAUCAUGAUAAUGAAAGUUUGUUAGAUGGUCUCCAACCACACCAAAGUUUAAAAAUUUUGAGAGUGGAGGGAUACAGGGGUGUAAGAUUUUCAAGUUGGCUUUCAUCGCUAACAAAUCUAGUUGAAUUAUAUGUAGAGAGUUGUAAGAAGUGCCAACAUUUGCCACCUUUGUGCCAACUCCCAUCUCUCGAAGUACUACAUGUUCGGAAUAUGGAUGGUCUGGAGUACAUAUCAGACCAAGAUAUCAUUGCUUCAAUGGGAUCAUCAGGGACAACAUUUUUCCCAUCCCUAUGUGUACUCAUUCUCGAGUAUUGUCCUAAUCUAAAGAAGUGGUGGAGGAGGGAUAUCGUUGAUAACGGUGAUGUGGCAACAACAUCAACAUCAACAUCAUCAAGUCAUCAAUAUCAGCAACAGAUAUCACUACCUUACUUUCCUCGUCUUUUAUUCUUGCAUAUACUGGAUUGCGAUAAACUGUCUUGCAUGCCGUUGUUUCCACAUCUUGAUCGGCUUAUUUUGAGAAAUGCCAGCUGGAAGCCUUCGCAACAGACAAUGGCGAUGACGAUGAAUACGGUAGAGGCUUCUUUAUUACCCUCCUCCUCCUCCUCCUCCUCCUCUCCUCUCUCCGGAUUGCACUGGUUGAACAGGUUGACUUUGGAAAACAUCCAGGACAUAGAGUCUCUGCCAGAGGAGUGGCCGCAAAAUUUGAUUUCUCUUGAGAGAUUGGACAUUUGGCGGUGCCCCAGGCUAACAUCUCUAUCUCGAUUUAUGCAAUAUCUCACCUCCCUUAAGAGUUUGACAAUUGGACGCUGCGAGUUGGUUGAUCAGUUCAGUGACGACACAGAAUGUCAUCUCUCUACAUCUACGUGCCUCCAGAAUUUGGUUUUCACAGAAAUUUCAAAACUGGAAUCUCUCCCGGCGUAUCUUCAACAAGUUACCACUCUCCAAAAGCUCGAAGUUUCUGCAUGUCCCAGUUUCUUGACUUUACCGGAAUGGAUCGGUAACCUCACAUCACUUCGAAAGAUUGUAAUUGAAAACUGCCCCAAACUGACAUCACUACCCGAAGGAAUGAGUCGCCUAACCUCUUUACAGAUGCUGAGAAUCUUCAAUUGUCCCCAAUUAGAGCAAAGAUGCGAGAAGAGAAAUGGCGAGGAUUGGUACAAGAUUGCUCAUGUCCCAUUUUAUUCCAAUGCACCAUUGGAUAUGGAUGAUUUGCUUGGGAAUUUUUGAAAUUUUGGAAGCACAAUAUGAAUUACUGAAUAACUCAUAUCCUGAACAAAUGUUGGGAGCAGAUGUAUCUGGUUCGUUAUCAAUUUUUUACGAUUGCUGUAAGGGAUGCUGGCAGCAUAGUUCCUACAAUCCAAGGUAUUGAUGCUUUUGUAAUUCUCAUAAGCACUGUGCUGAAGAUGAAACCUGACUUUGAUCCAAGCAAAGGUCGAAGCCCUGGGUUUUAUUUCGAAGAUGGCGCAUAUCCUAAACAGCCAAGGUUGCAAGAGUGAAGCAAAUUGUGUUCGUUGGCUCUAUGGGGGGAGCAAACCCAAAUCAUCCCUUGAACAGCUAGAUUAACAGCAAUAUGUUUGGUGUGGAAGAUAAAGGCUAAGCAGUAUUUGGCUAACUCCGGUAUUUCAUACAGAAAUGCAGUUGCUAGCAUCAAAGAGAGCUGCCAUUGACAAUAAAGUGGAGUUCAGGCUUAGCAAACAAGCUCUUGCUGCAGGAUUUACUUGGUUGGUUGGCAAUCACUUUUGACACCUUCAGUAUGCUAAUUUUUUAAGGCUUCAUGAUAUAGAAACAAGCAUAAAGAAAACAUUUGAAAGGGUGCCAGCAGGAAACAGGGGACAAAUGCAAAAAAUUGCUCCACAUCCUGGAGUUUGGAAGGGAAGAACUUGUCCAUCAGAUUGCUAUAAGGGAUGCUGGCAGCAUAGUUCCUACAAUCCAAGGUAUUGAUGCUCUUGUAAUUCUCAUAAGCACUGUGCUGAAGAUGAAACCUAACUUUGAUCAAAGCAAAGGUUGAAGCCCUGGGUUCUAUUUCGAAGAUGGAGCAUAUCCUAAAUAGGUCAUUAGUACAUUUGCUGAUCUUUGGAUGGCGAUAUGUUUUUGUUUUCUGUUAUUCGUCCUACUGUUCAUGGCAUAUUUUUGCUUCAUAAGUUGAUUGGAUUGGACAGAAAAACCAAAUAGACGCUGGUGGAGUAUUGCUUUCCUCCUUUUCACUUAGUCAAAUUUUGUUUACUGCUUGGAGAUGGUUGUAGCUAGACGGGCAGUACUCUUUGCGACGGAAAUUGGCCUUCAACAAUGCCACUUUGAAGGUGACUCAGAAAUUGGAAUAAAGGCGCUACAAAAUGGUGACAUACUUUCCUCAUCCUUUGGUCAUUUAGUUAGAGACACUUUAAUUCAUGUAACCUCCCUUAGGAGUUUUUCUUUCUCUCAUAUUGUUAGGCAAGGCAAUACGGUUGCGCAUGCUUUAGCCCAGAGUGCAAGGCUUUCUUUCCCUUUGAUAGUUUGGAUGGACCAAGGUUGCGAGAGUGAAGCAAAUUGUGUUGGUUGGCUCUAUGGGUGGAACAAACCCAAAUCAUCCCUUGAACAGCUAGAUUAACAGCAAUAUGUUUGAAAUGCAGUUGCUAGCAUCGUAGAGAGCUGCCAUUGACAAUAAAGUGGAGUUCAGGCUUAGCAAACAAGCUCUUGCUGUAGGAUUUACUUUGUUGGUUGACAAUCACUUUUGACACCUUCAGUAUGCUAAUUUUUUAAGGCUUCAUGAUAUAGAAGCAAGCAUAAAGAAAACAUUUGAAAGGGUGCCAGCAGGAAACAGGGGACAAAUGCAAAAAAUUGCUCCACAUCCUGGAGUUUGGAAGGGAAGAACUUGUCCAUCAGAUUGCUAUAAGGGAUGCUGGCAGCAUAGUUCCUACAAUCCAAGGUAUUGAUGCUCUUGUAAUUCUCAUAAGCACUGUGCUGAAGACGAAACCUGACUUUGAUCCAAGCAAAGGUCGAAGCCCUGGGUUCUAUUUCGAAGAUGGAGCAUAUCCUAAAUAGAAAAACCAAAUAGACGCUGGUGGAGUAUUGCUUUCCUCCGUUUCACUUAGUCAAAUUUUGUUUACUACUUGGAGAUGGUUGCAACUAGACGGGCAGUACUCUUUGCGACGAAAAUUGGCCUUCAGCAAUGCCACUUUGAAGGUGACUCAGAAAUUGGAAUAAAGGCGCUACAAAAUGGCAAGGCAAUACGGUUGCACAUGCUUUAGCCCAAAGAGCAAGGCUUUCUUUCCCUUUGAUAGUUUGGAUGGACCAAGGUUGCGAGAGUGAAGCAAAUUUUGUUGGUUGGCUCUAUGGGUGGAACAAACCCAAAUCAUCCCUUGAACAGCUUGAGUAACAACAAUAUUUUUGAGAUGCAGUUGCUAGCAUCAAAGAGAGCUACCAUUUACAAUGAAGUGGAGUUCAAGCUUAGCAAACAAGCUCUUGUUGUAGGAUUUACUUGGUUGGUUAAAAAUCAUUUUUGACAACUUCAGUAUGCUAAUUUUUUACAGCUUCAUGAUAUAGAAACAAGCACAAAGAAAACAUUUGAAAGGGUGCCAGCAGGAAACAGGGGACAAAUGCAAAAAAUUGCUCACAUCCUGGAGUUUGGAAGGGAAGAACCUGUCCAUCAUUGGUUCCAAAAGCCUUCCCAAAUAGGUUUUAUUAUGGGUGGUGAAUUUGAGAAACAAGAAGGUUUGGAACAUCAUUUCAAUUUUGCUUGAAGACCUUUGAUGAUUUAAUCAGUUUCAAAAAUUCUAUGGAAGAAGAAGGUUAUGAUGUUGGUGAGGCAAGCAUGUGGCAUAGGAGAAUUGGAUCAAAGAUAGGAUUUGAAGAGUGGACAGCCCUCAUGACUGCAGUCAUGUUUGGAAGAAAGGCUUGAAGUUGAAACCAGUCGUGUCAAUGUUAACAAGGCUUGGUUUAAUUGGGCCAUGACACUUAUGUUACUGCUUGGGGAUUUCCUAUUUCAGCUGAGGCUAUGAAACUCUUGCCUGAUGCUUCUGCACUUCAUUCUGUCAUGUUGCAAAGUUUGACAAUGUACACCAUUUUCAUUUUAUCCAAGCUGUUUCUUUGCUUUAAAGUAAUUGAAUUUAAGUAAUAUUGUGUAAUAGAACAUGUAUAUAUUUGGACUGGAUGUUGUAUUCUAUAGUCAUGCAUUUGGGGUCUGAAUUGUACCAUAAGUGUGGAAAAUGGGAACCUCUAUUUAAUUUC